AACUUUCAUUAAUUGGACAUCAUAAAGUAGAAUUUUGUUUAUGAGCGAAAGAGUCCCGGUAAAUCAUUGGAUUCGUGAAUCCUCAAUUAAUUCAAGAUUUGAAUUUUUUCAAUUUUAUCAGUCGAAUAUUUAUAGUCAAUAAUUUUUGCAAUCCAAAAUUAUUGAUUAAAAACACCGACUAUAGAUCGUCUUUGUAAUAUGAAUAAUGAUUAGUAUAGGACGAUUUUGCUGAAGUAUCUAAAGUCUUAGCUGGACGUGCAGGUCUGAAAAUAAUUUUGUUGGACUAUGAAAUUAUUUUUAGCUUUGUAUCUAACUAAACAUUUCAGCAAAAUUGUUUUUUCCACGUGUGUAUGCUUUCCACGGCCCAACGUUCUCCUGUGUAUGCUUUCUAUGCAACUCCCUCUUCAGUAUCGCGUAUCUUCUUCAGGGAGUCCUAUAUAUCUCUCGAUAGCUAACGAGCUCGUUCCCGUGGACCCACUCGUGGACUCGCGCGUUUGCGUCCGCUGGUCCUGCGACUUAAUUAAGACUCAAUUGCCUAAUUAGUCCGCAUGAAGAAGGUGAGCAGCGGCGCGCCGCGCCGCGCCGCGCCGCGGGCUGUCCCACGCGAUGAAGUAAUCAGCUUUCUCCGCGGCGUAGACGCGCAUCGCGACUCCGCGGAUGCGCUCUGCUCUACGUUCGUCUAUGCUCGCUCGCUCGCACCUGGGGGGGCCCGAAAUCGCGCGAGUCGGCCGGGAGAGAACAAUGGGAAAUCAAGCGCGGGCUUUCCACACGCGCGGCCUCCCUAUGUGAACUGGAGUACACACGGCCGCAGUCUCUUAUACUGCCUACGCCGCCGCUUGAGCGAAUCCCUUGGCUUUGCUCCCCCGACGGUGGCGGCCGGCGACAGGAAACGGAUCUUCUCCGUGGAACGAUGAGAAAGGGAGAAAGAGAGAGAGAGAGCUCUCUAUAUAAGCACCAGUAUGCGCGCCGAAACGUCAUCAUAUAUUUCAGCAUUCAGUCCAGUGCUCUUCUUCCACGCCACACGGUGUCCGAAGCGUCGUUGUCUCCCGCACACUUGCCACCCACCCCCGUGUUCUCCGUUCCCCGAGCAUGGAUUUGAUAGUGCGACAGGUACUGUUCGCCCUGUUGGCGAGCAUCAGCCUCGUGCUCUGCGAGCCACCCCUCAGCAAUCAGUAUGGCGUUCCCGGAAAUUACGCAGGUGGAGGUCAUCAUGGGGCGCAAGGUGGUGGGAACGGAUUUGGUGGCCAUUACGGUGGGCACGAACAUCAAGAUUAUGCAGAUAAUGAGCCCAAGGCCUACGAGUUCGGCUAUUCCGUGAAGGACCAGGCUACCGGAAACGAUUUCGGUAGACAGGAGACGAGCGACGGCGAGACCGUGCGCGGCGAGUACAGAGUGCAGCUUCCGGACGGUAGGACGCAGAUUGUCACCUACACCGCCGACUGGAGGACCGGCUUUCACGCCGACGUGAGAUACGAGGGUACCGCGAGUUAUCCAGACCAGUACAACGCCGGAUACGGAAACGCUGGUCAAGGUUUCGGCUACCAGGGAAAUCAACUCGGCGCUGGAGGCAGCGGAUACGCCGGAGGUAACCAGGGCGGUUACAACUACCCAUCGGGCGGUGGACAGAAUUUCAACGCCAACAACUACCAAUUCGGCUCCAAUGCCAUAGACAACAGUUACAACAAUUUCGGUGGGAGGAAUAAUUACCCCGGAAUACCGUCGCCUACGUACGGUCCUGCUUUCCAUUAGAAUACAUAAAAAAGUAUUAUAUAGGCUAUACUGAUUCCGCUUGUGAGAGCAGUCUUCUUUCCAAUAAAGACAUUUUUCAUAAAAAAA